AUACAGACUGCUUCUACAAACAUUUGUGAAAGAGUGUGCAAUAAGUCCAUAUGUGAAAUUUCCUUGCUACUAAAUAUUCCGUGGUCAACUGUUAGUGGUAUUAUAACAAAGUGGAAGCAGCUGGGAACAAUAGCAACUCAGGAAAAAAGGGGUAGGCCACAUAAAAUGACAGAGCGGUGUCAGCACAUGCUGAAGCGCACAGUGCGCAGAUGUUGCAAACUGUCUGCAGAGUCAAUAGCUAAAGACCUCCAAACUUCAUGUGGCCUUCAGAUUAGCACAACAACAGUGCAUAGAGAGCUUCAUGGAUUGGGUUUUCAU